AUGAACACGCCUAUCAUGUUGAGCAUCCUGCUCAGCCUUCUCUUGGCCUUCUCACCGCUGGCCAACACUAUCCCCAUUGACGACGAUUUGCCUACGCCCACUACUGCCGUUCAGAAAUCCAGAGCGUUGACCCCCAGGGCCCUGGUCACAGACACAACUGGCAGAUACUACCUCACUCUCCUCUCAGCCCCUCUCGAACAGAACAACCCCAACCCAGGUACAGAAUAUGUCCAUGACAAUACAUCUGGGGCUGGAACCACUAUCUUCAUCAUCGAUUCAGGCUCAAACAUCGAUGACUUUCCGGAUGAAUUCUGCACCGACGGAGGGCGGUGGAUCGAGACUCGUAUCCUGUCACGGGACUUACGCAGCACACCACUCACCGACGACCAGCUGGCACAGGGUAUCAAGUUCUCACCGAACACGAUGGUAGAUGUGGGAGGCAUCGGCGAGGACAACCUGAUCCAUGGUCACGGUACCCAGGUGGCCAUCAUCGCGGGAGGCUGCCAGAGCGGUGUAGCCUCUCGUGCUAACCUGUUCCUCAUCAAGGCAGCUGAGAUCAAGGUGGACCGUGACGGCGACCCCUACUCGAGCGACGAGCCUGAUAUCUACCCGCAGGCCAUCAUCGCUGGGCUGCAGCUGGUCGUUGAUCGGAUGGAUGACAGUGACGGCUCACCGUCCAUCCCUCGCGGCAAAGCCGUCGUCUCUGUCUCCCUCGGCAUACCCAUUGACGAGAUCGAGGAGAGGUGGGGAGAAACUGCGUACAAGGCUUUUAGGGACACCUUGGGAGACAAGUUGAACCAGCUCAACGAACGCGGAGUCACCGUGGUCUUUGCAGCUGGCAACGAUGGCAAGGGUCGAGGCGAGGAGGACGCAGGACCUGACGUCGAGCCUGAUGAGACUCCUCACUACGCCGAUGAGAACUUCCCACACGUGCUAGCAACCCAAGACAGCAACAUCAUAAUGGUAGGAGGGACCGACGAGAACGGCCGUCUGCGGCCUCAGACCUCACCAGGCAGAGAUGACCACCCCCUUACGAUCUACGCUCCAAGUAGACUCCCCGGAUAUGAUCUUGCCGACGGCGAGACGCAGAAGAGCAUCUAUGGAACGAGCUUCUCUGCUCCUCAAGUUGCUGGUCUAGCUGCCUACUUGUUGGCCCUACCAUCGGAGUCAGACGGGUUAAAGUACGACCCUCAAGACCCUGUGGACAACACGGUGGGAAUCCGUGUUAAGAAGCGCCUCGUGGAGCUCGCAUACCAGCGACUGAGCGAUGACCAGAAACUGGCAGCUCCAGAAGAUGAGUACGACUACGAUAUACCUUUAGUUAUCAACGUUGCGUACAACGGGGCACAUGGGGCGCAGACGCCGUGA